CCUGUCCCGCCUCUCGGUGAGACAUGCAGGCUGGAAGCGCCGGAGGAGCCCCUCUUCGUGCGCAGCGAUGUUGGCGAGCGGGGUUGCGCGGGGGGAGCCUCGGAAGAAAGGAUACAUCUGGGAGGUCAAGGGUGAGGGAGAAACAUCUGAAGUAUCACUGGAAAAAGCUGAGGAGCAGAUGCAGAAACUGAGGAGUCAAGAUGGAGCUAAGAGACAAGAGGAAAAACAAACUCCCACAGGGUACAAACCUUAUAAAUGCUUGGAGUGUGGAAAGAGCUUCAGUCAGAGUAGCCACCUUACUUUGCAUCACAAUACUCACACAGGGGACAAACCUUAUAAAUGCUUGGAGUGUGGAAAGAGCUUCAGUCGGAGUAGCAACCUUUCUUCGCAUCACAAAACUCACACAGGGGACAAACCUUAUAAAUGCUUGGAGUGUGGAAAGAGCUUCAGUCAGAGUGGCCAGCUUACUUCGCAUCACAAUACUCACACAGGGGACAAACCUUAUAAAUGCUUGGAGUGUGGAAAGAGCUUCAGUCAGAGUGGCCAGCUUACUUCACAUCAAAGAACUCAUACAGGGGACAAACCAUAUAAAUGCUUGGAGUGUGGAAAGAGCUUCAGUCGGAGUGGCACCCUGAGUAUACAUGAAAGAAUUCACACAGGGGACAAACCGUAUCAAUGCUUGGAGUGUGGAAAGAGCUUCAGUCAGAGUGGCCACCUUACUUCACAUCACAAUACUCACACAGGGGACAAACCUUAUAAAUGUUUGGAGUGUGGAAAGAGCUUCAGUCAGAGUGGCCAGCUUACUUCACAUCACAAUACUCACACAGGGGACAAACCUUAUAAAUGUUUGGAGUGUGGAAAGAGCUUCAGUCAGAGUGGCACCCUAAGUAUACAUGGAAGAACCCAUACAGGGGACAAACCGUAUCAAUGCUUGGAGUGUGGAAAGAGCUUCAAGUGGAAUAGCAACCUUACUGUGCAUCAAAGAUGUCACACAAGGGACAAACCUUACCAGUGCUUGGAGUGUGGAAAGAGCUUCAGUCAGAGUGGCCAGGUUACUUCACAUCACAAUACUCACACAGGGGACAAACCUUAUAAAUGUUUGGAGUGUGGAAAGAGCUUCAGUCGGAGUGGCACCCUAAGUAUACAUGAAAGAACCCAUACAGGGGACAAACCGUAUCAAUGCUUGGAGUGUGGAAAGAGCUUCAGUCAGAGUGGCCAACUUACUUCGCAUCACAAUACUCACACAAGGGACAAACCUUAUAAAUGCUUGGAGUGUGGAAAGAGCUUCAGUCGGAGUAGCAACCUUACUUCCCAUCACAAAACUCACACAGGGGACAAACCUUAUAAAUGUUUGGAGUGUGGAAAGAGCUUCAGUCAGAGUGGCACCCUAAGUAUACAUGAAAGAACCCAUACAGGGGACAAACCAUAUCAAUGCUUGGAGUGUGGAAAGAGCUUCAAGUGGAAUAGCAACCUUACUUUGCAUCAAAGAUGUCACACAAGGGACAAACCUUAUAAAUGCUUGGAGUGUGGAAAGAGCUUCAGUCAGAGUGGCCACCUUACUUUGCAUCUCAAAACUCACACAGGAGACAAACCUCAUAAAUGUUUGGAGUGUGGAAAGAGCUUCAGUCGGAGUAGCACCCUAAGUAUACAUGAAAGAAUUCACACAGGGGACAAACCUUAUAAAUGUUUGGAGUGUGGAAAGAGCUUCAGUCAGAGUGGCACCCUAAGUAUACAUGAAAGAACCCAUACAGGGGACAAACCAUAUCAAUACUUGGAGUAUGGAAAGAGCUUCAAGUGGAAUAGCAACCUUACUUUGCAUCAAAGAUGUCACACAAGGGACAAACCUUAUAAAUGCUUCGAGUGUGGAAAGAGCUUCAGUCAGAGUGGCCACCUUACUUUGCAUCUCAAAACUCACACAGGAGACAAACCUCAUAAAUGUUUGGAGUGUGGAAAGAGCUUCAGUCGGAGUAGCACCCUAAGUAUACAUGAAAGAAUUCACACAGGGGACAGACCUUAUAAAUGAUUGGAGUGUGGAAAGAGCUUCAGUCAGAGUGGCUACCUUAAUUUGCAUCACAAAACUCAUACAGGGGACAAACCUUAUAAAUGCUUGGAGUGUGGAAAGA